UAAGAGGACGGAACGGACGGACGGAGAAGCGAAAUGGAUUUAUUGAUGUAACUCUUGCUUUAUAUACAGUUUUCUUCAAAACUAGUGCUUUAUAAUGUCGACAGUCUUAAAAUAAAGCAUUGGAUAAAGCGUGGAGUUUAAUUUCUGUUCAUUUUCUCAACCGUGGGACAUGAUGUGAAGAGCAUCUAUCAGCACCAGUUGAGGAUUAUAAUUGCAGUUAGCGAAGUGCUAAUUAAAUAUUAUAGAUUCUUGAAAUGGGUAAACUUCAGUCCAAACACGCCUGUAAACGUAGAGAAAAUCCUGAAGGGGACAGUUUUGUAGUGAGUGGGUUUCUUUCAAAAAGAGGAGCUGGUGAAAAUGAGAGAUCUGAGCUAAAAUCACAUCACAUCCAGAACAAGAGCUGUGAAUUCAAGGACGGACAGUUUGGAGAACAACGCUGCCCACUAGAGGUGGCGUUGCCUCCUGAGAAGGCAGAAGGAUGUGAGAGCUCUCUACAGUUCGUGCACAGUGAAGAAGGACAGAAAGAAAGCAGCCAGGCGAGGAAACGCAUCAACCUGAAUGAACUGCAGUGUGACGUGUCCAUGGUGGAUGAGAACAGGCAGGAGUGGGUCUUUACCCUCUACGACUUUGACAACAGCGGCAAAGUGACCAAAGAGGACAUGUCCAGUCUCAUGCACUCUAUCUACGAUGUGGUGGACACCUCAGUGAACCAGUCGAGCCACAGCAAAAGCAAAACGCUGCGUGUCAAGCUCACCGUUACGCCCGAGUCCAGAACCCGGAGGAAAGAGCACACACACACUGGAACAGACCGGGACUGGAACUGUAGCCGUGUGACCUCAGCUCAGCAGGAGGAGACGUCUCGAGCAGACAAACGCCUCUCCACACAAAUAAGAGACUCCCUGGAGAGGAAUCAUUACUGUGUGGAUGAGAACACAGAGAGAAGGAAUCAUUAUUUGGACCUCGCCGGCAUUGAGAACUACACCUCCAGAUUUGAAGUCACAGCGCCACCUGCAGUGCAACAGGAUCGUUCCUCGCCCCCGCCUCACCCUCAGAGCCGCUCCCGCUCGCACGAGCCGGACUCGCACUCUCAUCAGCGCCGAUCGCAGAUCAUCGGCGAUCGCUGCGCCUCCCGCGCCCUCCACUCGGGGAGAUCUCCUAGAGGGGCGUCCAAAUCAAGCGGGGCCGCUCCGGCCAGGGGCAGCAAGUGCUACGGGCACCACGGGGGGCAGGACGUGUAUCAUCUGCCCCAGCAGAGCCCAGCUCAGCACGCUCACGCACAGCACCCUCUGCAGCACAGCCACAGCAAGAGGCCGAGAGCCAGAACCCCCAGCAAACACACCCACCCGCCGCCCCCGGGGCCAGAGCGGGAACACGCGCACCCUGCAGGGGUAGUCAUGCCCGUGGUGCAGCGGCACGAGCAUCAUCACCAUCACGAGCACCAUCACCACCAUCACUAUCAUCACUACCAUCAGACAUGACCACACACACACACACACACACUCGUGUACCGUGUACAACCAGAGACCGCAAGACCAGGGGCCACAUGUAUGAACGUGUGUGUAGAAUCCAAAACCGAAAUGAUGCCUGUGAUGUGGCAGCUGAUGAAGCAGAUAGGCAGCUGACUCGCAUUAAGAGGCGUGUCCUUUUGCCUUGCCAUUUUGCCAUUGACUAACCUGCACCUCGUAAGCAUUCAUUUGCUCCAGGUGGAAGUUCUUUUAUACAUCACGGUUUCUCUCUUUCACACUUGCCAGCUCAUCUCAGCAUCGUUUUUUCUGCAAACACACCCUCCAUACAUACGACCCCUGGUUUCUAAAGAACUGUGGAACUCGUGUGUUUCAGCUGGACACUCGGUGCUUCGCUUGCGUUCACACACGUUUCCGGUGUGUCACCGGGUUACAGUGACUCGAGCUGUUCGGACUAAUCUCAGGUGAAAGCUGCUAAUCUUUAAGCUUUCUUCAAGCUAAAACAAGGCUGCUUUCUUCUCGGGGACCCCCGCUGUGGACUGAGGGCUCUCCUUACCAGGGUACACAUCACCACUGCCAGUAAUGUAACUCUAUAGUAUCUCUGUAUGUAUGAGUGUAUUAUUCGAAACAUGUUAUCAUGAUUAUACAGCGUAUGCAUAUUUAUCAUCAUCAGUAUCUAUGCAUAUAUUUUGUCUCUUUUUAUACAUAUUUUAAUAAAUACUUUACACAUCAAA